ACAAGUCUUUCCGGCGCACUUUGGCCUCACUCGCGCGCACCCGGGAACACUUCCCAGGAGGUCACCCAUCCUAAGAUUGCUCCCCACGAAGCACGCUUAACUGUGGAGUUCUUAGCAAAUUGAACCCAAGACCAUAUGAUGGGGCUUAAAUUUGAUCACGUGUGGGAUUCUGCCCUAGAGGCUACAACAUUUUGCUGUCAACAAAGGACAUAAAUGAAAAUUGAGACAACAGGAGGUCUACGAACACUAAAACCCUAAAAUCAUUCUCUUCAAUUAGUUUGCUUUUUAAAGGUGUCUCCAGUUUCCUUUCAAAAAAAAGUUUCUCCAGCGACUACAGCCUACUUCUCUCGCUUCGAGAUUUCUCCUCUGAGGUUCGUCUUUCUUCAGUUUUCUCUUGAUACUCCUUGUUUCACGUUAAGGCGUUAUUUUGCAAAAUGUCUCGUGUUUAUAUUGGAAACCUGGAUCCACGCGUUUCUGAGCGUGACCUUGAAGAUGAGUUUCGUGUUUUUGGGGUUAUACGAAGUGUAUGGGUUGCACGAAGACCUCCAGGCUAUGCAUUUAUUGAUUUUGACGAUCCUAGGGAUGCAAAAGAUGCAAUCCACGCUUUGGAUGGUAAAAAUGGCUGGAGAGUUGAGCUUUCUCACAAUUCUAGAGGCGGAGGUGGUGGCCGUGGUGGAGGCCGUGGACGAGGUGGUUCUGAUUUAAAGUGCUAUGAGUGUGGGGAGCCAGGUCACUUUGCUCGAGAAUGUCGUACGCGUGUGGGUGGAGGUGGAGGUGGAGCAAGGCGCCGCAGCCGCAGUCCAAGAUACAGGAGGAGCCCAAGUUAUGGUAGGAGGAGCUACAGUCCGCGUGGUAGAUCACCACCUCCGCGACGUCGCAGUCCCUCACCGCGUGGAAGAAGCUACAGCAGGUCACCACCUUAUCGUGCUCGUGAAGAGUUGCCUUAUGCCAACGGUAAUGGUGUCAGGGAGCGUCGCCGGAGCAGGAGCUAAUUUGGGUCGUGUACUAUGAAGAUAUUGAGGUUUAUGUUUGUAGUAAUGCUUGGACAUCGUUCAACUCUGUUUAAGCUGGGUGCUGCCUGCAGCAACAGAUCUUUGGAUUUGGUUAAGUUCUUUUCUUACUGUGUUAAUUAGUAAUUUCUAUGUUUAGUAAAUUGGCAUCAGGGUUAAACUUACGAAUUGGUGAUAGUUUCUAUUACUUCUUCCCUUUAGUUCUUUGCAAAAUAGCUGGCUAAGUUUUGUACUGUUUUUCUUGUGUCGAGGUGUCUUCAUGAUUCUACAUUGGUAGUGUGCCCCUUCUGCUUCUGCAUCAUUGGUUUUCUGCUUCUACACUCCUCUGUGGUUUUGUUGCUCGCACCUUCCCCAGGAUCUUCAAUUUUAUAUUAUUGUGGAUCCCGGCUGGCUUCAUCACUUGGAAAGCCCUGCUAAAUUGAAUCUCAGCAAAAUGAUGCUUCUCCCUCCCCUGUGGUUUUUGUUCCUUGCUGCGUUCCCCAGGAUCUUCAAUUUUGAUUUAUUGUGGAUCCAGGAUGGCUUCAGCAAUUGGUCAAGCUAUAUCUUGAUUGAAUCUCACCAGCAUGAUGCACCUCAUAUGUUGCGACUUUUUUCUGUUUGCCUGGAUAGACAAGCUGCUAGUGUUGUGGCCAGUACAGGCAUUUUGUAGAAGUUCCGACUUUUCAGGACCUAACUUUUGAGUCGACCUUGAUGAUUGGAUUUCCAUGAGUAGCUAUCUUAAAGCAUGACAAACAACUUGUGGAGCAAGUGAUCUUCAGUUUUUUGCCGCGUUAGAUUUAUUUUCCUUUCCUCGGGGGGCUGUGGUGGGGGAGGGCAGCAUUUAUACUAGUGGAUGAUUGGGAGUCGCCUUUUGUGCAUCAUGAUAGUUUUAUUUCUCGCCUUAUUCAAGAGCACCGUCAAUGACUUUGGGGACUUGUCAAGUAUCUUCCUUUUGUUAAGACUUGAGAAUGAUGAUUUAAGGGGUCAUGUUAAGUGGGUCCAUGUAGCUAUCCUCGUGUAUCUGCCUCUAUUCCUCCCUUUUUGUUAAACCUUUGUUUCUUAAUCCUUUUUAUCGGUGUCAAUAAUAUAUGGUCUUGGACUCUUGGGGUUUUGUGU